AUGUCACUAGCUCUGAAGUUCACCUCUCUUGCUGUUCGAACAUUCUCAAAGCCCAUUGCCAACUAUAUCAAGCGACAAGCCCGUGAACAUCCUGGCUUUCGUGAGACAUGUGUCUCUUUCGCUCAGGCCCUCCACAGGGUAGACAUGCGUUGGCGUAUCGGACUCCUACAAGAUGCAGCGGUCUACGAACGACAAGCAGCCCGAGAUGCCGCCAAACGCGAGGCUGAGCGGAAGAAGGCAGAAACUCCGACUGUGAAGACGGAAGCUGAAACGAAGGCUGAAGAAGAGGCAGUCGGUCGAGAGAAAGUGCAAGAGGAGAAGGAGAAACACCCGCCCAAACCGAAGAUCAAGCCGCUGAGCGAAACGAAGGCCAUCGAGACUGGUGCGACAUUCAUCAGCGAGACCUUCCUUUUUGGAGUCGCGGUGAGUCUGCUACUAUUCGAGUCGUGGAGAAGUGGUCGGAAAGAACAAAACAGACGUGAUAGAGUUCAGGAGCAGCUAAGUGACCUUGAGGAGGAGAACAAAGCGGCCAGAGCGGCACUGAUCGAGCUGGAAAGAGAAGUGUUGAGACUGCGCGCGAAGGAAAAGGGUGUAAGCACUGCUGAGUUGGCGAAGAGCAAGAAGAUAUUGCCUGCCGAAGUAUACGAAAUGGUACAAGAGGACAAGGCGGAUGGUGCGGCUCCUGAAAAAUCGAAAAGUUGGUUCUCGAGCAUAACUACUGCUUUCUCGAGGGAAGAAGCCCCGGAUGAAGAGGCAAAACAAGCACUCGCAACUAAUUCCCCUGGGCCUGCGGAGAAACUUCUCCAGCAAGCCGAUAAAGCUCUGGACGACAAACGAAAGCAGCGAGAAGCAGCAGAAACCAAAGAAGGCGCCAGCCAACCUCCAAAUGGGCCAUCACAGAAGCCAUGA